ACGGUUGCCUCCGGCUCUGGCUGUGCUGCCAUGAGGGGGCUGUUCGUCGGGUCGUUACCCCCUAGGCCGGGCCUCUGAGUACAGGAGUGUACCUGAAGUUAUUUGGUAGUCUGUAUUUCCCGGCUUCUCCUUAGCAUCUGUCUAUGGACCUUGUGUCUGUGGCUUGAUAUCGUGUAUUAAAGGAAAACUUACGAAACAACGUAGAAUGUUAUUUAGGGCAAAAUUGGCCUUGGCAGAGUUAUAUGAAGAUGAAGCUAAAAGGCAGUCAUUGCGUUCUGACAAACCAACGACGACAAAGAUGAGUAACUCGAAGGGAGAUAGAAUUCAGGUAAUUGCUGUGUCAGAAAAAUACUGCAGUUCUUUCCUCCUUCAAAAUUCAGCAAAUCAGUAGUUUGUGUGAAACUUGAUGAGAGCUGCUCUGAGUCUUCUAUGUAGUCUUAAAAUUGAUUCUUUCCGAAGUUUGAGAAAACCAGAGAGAAGCAUGAGUGAUGACAAAGAAAACCAAAGAUUUUAUUCAGGUGACUCAGAAUACAGAGGAUUACAAAUUUCUGGGGCUUCUAACAAUCCAAGUAAAAUUGUUGCUGAACUCUUCAAAGAAGCAAAAGAACACGGGGCUGUACCACUAGAUGAAGCCUCAAGAACAUCUGGUGACUUCAGUAAAGCUAAGUCAUUUUCAGGUGGUGGAUAUAGAUUGGGUGACUCGUCUCAAAAGCACUCUGAAUAUAUAUAUGGAGAAAAUCAAGAUGUUCAAAUUUUGCUGAAACUGUGGAGGAAUGGCUUCAGUUUAGAUGAUGGAGAAUUGAGAUCCUAUUCAGACCCAAUAAAUGCUCAGUUUCUUGAGUCUGUUAAAAGAGGGGAAAUUCCUGUGGAACUGCAGCGCCUUGUUCAUGGUGGCCAGGUUAACCUGGAUAUGGAAGACCACCAGGAGCAGGAAUAUGUGAAGCCAAGACUGCGAUUCAAAGCUUUCAGUGGAGAAGGGCAAAAACUUGGAAGUCUUACACCUGAAAUAGUCAGCACGCCUUCAUCUCCAGAGGAGGAGGACAAAUCCAUUCUUAAUGCACCUGUUCUCAUUGAUGAUUCCGUUCCAGCAACUAAAAUUCAAAUCAGAUUAGCUGAUGGAAGCCGAUUAAUACAAAGAUUUAAUCAAACACACAGGAUUAAAGAUAUUCGAGAUUUCAUUAUCCAGUCCCGUCCAGCAUUUGCAACAACUGAUUUUGUUCUUGUGACGACCUUUCCAAAUAAAGAGCUAACAGAUGAAAGCCUGACACUACGAGAAGCAGAUAUACUUAACACUGUGAUUCUUCAGCAAUUAAAGUAAUCUUUGAGCUGUUGUUACAGAAUGGAGUAUGUGGUGUAUUGUUAUACAAUGUUUUCAGUAGAUGAAAAAAAAGAAGGAUUGAUGUCUUUACUCUUCCACUUCCAUAGAUCAGAUUUUUAGGUUUCGUGUCUUCCAGCUAUAGCAUAUCUGGGUUUGAUUUCUCAGCAUUGUUUAACCCCCUUUUCAGUGUUAAAAUUGAGCUUCCCUGUGUUAGUAUAUUUCAAACAAUGGCAUGUAUGAGAUGUGAGCUAUCACAGUGACUCUUCAGUGUUUUAUGGGGGGAGGGGAGGAGCAUUUUUCUGGAGGGGGCAGUGUAUUUCGUACAGUUGGUAAGAUUUGCACUAUGGAAAUGUUUUAUGCUGCACUGACAAACAGCCAUGUGAAAACUUAGCCUGUAGGUUAUGUUUACCUUCCAAGCUGUAUUAUUAACAUUAAGGUAUCCUGUUUGAUAGGUUGACGGAUAAUUAAUGCUGUAUUAUAAGUUUUGUAUAUUCUGUUUCUAGUGUUUCAUGGUGUAGUAUAAUUAUUUAUAUUCUAACUCUUAUGUAAAUAUCCUUAUAUUGUUGUUUUGAGGGAAUCAGUAUCAGGUGAUGCAAAGCUCAGCUCUUGCAGACUUUAAUAGUGUUCUCAUCUGUAUUCUGGUUGUUCUACUUGUGGUGUAAAUUAAGUAUGAAUUUCUUUUCUUCUGAAGUUAGGGAAAUGAGAAAGACCACUGUCAUCUGAAGAACUGCUGUGACGUAGACUUUGUGAGGGUAGGUCUGUGGUUCCUUUGAACUUGAACCUUGUGCAGCUGUGUGAAUCUUCACACAUAAAACUACUAAGGUGCACAGACACAAAAAUUGUUUAUUCAGUCAUGUGCAUGCACAAAAGUAGACAUGUUAACUGAUUGUGUAUUUUUGACCUGGAAGUCAGCUCUUUAUACUUGGAAUUUUGGCUAAUGACCUUUUGUAAUAUUCAGUGGAGAUUUACUUGUGCAACUUGCCAUUAUACACUUCCAUUGGAGACUGUAUAAUUAAACCUCUUAAUCUUUGAAAUCAUAUAUUUUUUUUCAAAUAACGUGGUCCUACACUGCAAGUAGGAAUGUUACAUUGUGGGCAGACUGGCUGCUGUGCUUUAAUAGUAUGCAGAUUUGUAAUAUUUGUGGCUUUAUAUCGAAUGAAUGGAUCAGACUCUGAAGGAGAGUAAAUGGCCUGUAUUCUUUGUACAGAUAUAUGUAUUAAAAAAUACCGUUUUCACUGAUUAUUUUAUCUUGAAAAUACCAACACGUUUAUUUAUGCAUAGCUUUAGCUUCGGUUGGUAGAUUAGAUUAAUCUUAACUUCUAAUCUCAAAGUAGAAGUUUGAGUCAAUUUUAAAUGUGCAGUUGUAUUUGAAGUCAUUUGUUUUUGUAAUCUGUUUGCAUGAUUUAACCAUAAUGCAUUUAAUGUGCUAAGUAAAUAAACUUUUACGCUAAAAGA